AAAUAUUAGUUCACUCUGUGUUGUUUCUCUUGCUUAACCUGUUAAAAUACACCAGAAUGCAGGAAAUGGGAUCUACUUCUUUCAAAAGUUUCUGGGGGAGGAACCCCAAACCCCCCACCAGUGGGUCCCCCCAACAUUACAAAUACUUCUGAUGCCACUGAAACAUGUAACGAUGUGAGGAGAAUUUAUGGUACUCCAUGUGUAAAGAUAUAGAACAAUUUAGAAAUGGGCUGUUGUGGAAGUGCAGAUAGUUGGAUAUUACAACCACAUAAAACUUAUGUUAUGGAUGUUAGUUUUGAAAAAAAAUUCUGCAGGCGCCACUGAUGACACAGUGUAGAUAUAAUUCCUCACUUCACCAUCUGUGUCGCAGCUUCCCAUCUCCAAAAUGAGCGUACGCAUGGGUCAGAGCUGGUGUGAGAGACCGUGCAUGUUCACACCAAGUUUGGGUAAAUAAAUCACAACCUUUGUGUGAAAAGUGGCGUACGCAAGUUUCUGGGCUCGUCUUGUGCACACACAAGCUUUAUAAAUGGACGGUUCACACAGACUUUAAAUGCCUCAGAUCCAAAUCUGAUAAAGUAUGGAAAUAAGUCAUAGAAACUCAGCUGAGAAUUGGUCUGAGCUCCUCUUUUGCCUCUCAUAAAGAAACAAUUUAUACCCAAAUGAUCCCUUGAAACACGUGUCCCUGACAAUCUUUGUUUUUCUGCUUCCUUUAACACUCAUUAUCACCCCUGCAGGAUAUCCAGGCCCUGUUUAUCACUCUCAGCAUGAUAGGAAAGUUUGCUGUUGCAAUCGCCUUUGGCCUCAUCUACCUGUACACCUGCGAGCUUUACCCAACCAUCAUCAGGUCUCUGGCAGUAGGCAGUGGCAGUAUGAUGUGUCGUGUCGGCAGUGUGGUAGCACCGUUCUGUGUGAACCUGGCUGACGUAUGGAUCUAUCUACCUCAG